CGCAAAAGGUAGCGUCCUAUCAAUAGCGGCCACUGUUGACUAUAGUUCCUCUCUAGCCAUGCGGGCAGCAGCAGCCAGCAGAGAUAAGCAAGCUCGUGUAUAAAUAUCUCUCCUCCCAGUCGCCAGCCAACCAGCCACCUUCCCGCGCCGGCAGCCGCCUCUUCUUCCCAGCACGCCCGCCCGAGCAAAGCAACUGACCCCUCUCUUUCCCGCGCCGUUCGUCAGAUGGACUACUCGGGCUCCAGCUCCAGCUCCAAGGAGCCGUCUCCCACAGGGGCGUGGUGGUCAAAGGAGACGGUGGCCGUGGUGACGGGCGCGAACCGGGGCAUUGGGCUGGCGCUGGCGGCGCGGCUGGCGGAGCAGGGGCUCACGGUGGUGCUGACGGCGCGGGACGGCGUCCGCGGGGAGGCCGCCGCCGCGCCGCUCCGCGACCGGGGGCUCCCCGUCGUCUUCCGCCGCCUCGACGUCUCCGACGCCGCCUCCGUCGCCGGCUUCGCCGGCUGGCUCCGCAACGCCGUCGGCGGGCUCGACAUCCUGGUGAACAAUGCUGCCGUGUCAUUCAAUGAGAUCGACACCAACUCGGUGGAGCACGCUGAGACGGUCCUUAGGACAAACUUCUAUGGGGCCAAGUUGCUGACUGAAGCACUCCUGCCUCUUUUCCGGCGAUCGCCAGCCACCAGCCGGAUCCUGAACAUCAGCUCACAGCUUGGCCUUCUCAAUAAGGUGAGCAACCCGUCGCUGAUGAGGCUGCUCCAGGACGAGGAGACGCUGACGGAGGCCAAGAUCGAGGGCAUGGUGUCGCAGUUCCUGGCGCAGGUCAAGGACGGGACGUGGGCGGAGCACGGGUGGCCCAAGGUGUGGACGGACUACUCGGUGUCCAAGCUGGCCCUCAACGCCUACACGCGGGUCCUGGCUCGGCGCCUCCGGGAGCGCGGGGAGCGCGUGAGCGCCAACUGCUUCUGCCCCGGGUUCACGCGCACCGACAUGACCAAGGGUUGGGGCAAGCGCACCGCCGAGGAGGUGGCCGACGUCGGGGCCAGGCUCGCGCUGCUCCCGCCGGGCGAGCUCCCCACCGGCACCUUCUUCAAGUGGUGCACCCCGCAGCUCUACUCCAAGCUGUGACGCGACCAAACAACCGGGGACUGAUUCCGGUUUCUAACGAUGUAUCUCGUGCGUGCGUGAUCUGGCGAGGGUCUGUCGUCCACUCGUCCGUGACGGAGUAAAUAUUGUGCAUCUUCGGUUUAGCCCCUCGUUGUUGUUAGUUUGCUAUUCCUACCUGCAGAUAAAGUUGCAUCCAUUAUAGUCAACCCUCCCGACCAUGGGACCGAAGCAUAAAAUGGGAGUUCUCGCUCCCGGCCGUUCUCCAUGCCGUCCUUGCUUCUCCGACGAGAGAUCACCGCCGGCGAGCUGGACGGCGCGUCGGCUGACGUUCGCCUCCCCUCUCGAGGAGCGUGUCCUUGCUACACCCCAACGGGCGGAGUCGCUUACCCCUGGGGGCGCCCACUGCAGGAGUCACAUCUCCCGGUCGCACACAUGACGCACCAACCACAUGGUAUCCAGGAGUGUCCACCGAGGCUGAGCAGCGGGUCCCGCCAUGGCGUGGGGAGGACGAGGUUUUAGAGGAGCACUUCGGCCAGCUGUGGGCAAUACCUCUCCUCCGCGGGCUAGGGUUUCUAGGCCCGCCCACCACCCAUCUCUCGUCUGGAUCCGGAGGGAUUUGGUGGCGACGAAGAGAUUUCUGGCCAGCGAUUGUUAUCCAGCUCGUUCCACUCAUCAUCCGCUUCCAAUCCCCAAGAUCUUCAGCUUCUCCAGAGAUUUUUGGAGCCUUAACCGAAGCCGUGACACUUACAUGUGUUGGAGUUUGUUGUUUAGAGUUUUUUCAUCAUGUUCAUUUAUUUGUGUCGUUCAGGUAGCAAGCCGUGGCAGCGCACACGCAGAGAUGUGUUCAGAUGUGUGCAUGCAAACUAAGUGAGUUUAGUACUUUAGUUAGUUGAAUUAGCUAGUCCAGUGAAGAAUGGAUGCAUGUGUGGGCAUCGAUAGGAUAAGUAGCAUGCAGAUAGGUGUGCUGUUGCUGACCGAGUUGCAUGGCCGUUAGAGUGACCGAGUAAUCAGCAAGUUGAGGAGGACUCUGGCUGAAUCGUGUGGCUGUAUCCAACGUGAUUAUUCGUGGCUUUCUAACUACCGGCUAGUGGAGAGCAAUUAGCGGAUCAGGGCAGUAGUGUGUGCGUGUGUUUUCCUCUCUACUUAAGACUUGUAAUCAGCUGAGUUUACAAGUGAACAAGAGAAAAAAAAACACGAGGUGUGUGGGUGC